CAGUCAUAUCAAAGACUGAUGCAACUGUUGUUCUAGGAUAUUCUUUGGCUAGUCAAAUGCUGCAGUUCGUCAGUACUGUUACAUCAGCUAGAAGCGCAUAUGGAAUUUUCUCCUGAUAGGCAGUGUUAUGCUUCAUAUCAGUCGCUUUCCGAUAGUCGGUGGCUUAAGAAGUUUGGGAAGAUAAAGUGGUGAAAUUUUAAGACAAGUGACAAUAGUAAAUUAAUUUAUAUUUUAUGGCUGAUUAUGAAUGUAUUGAAAAGUGUUAUAAUAACGUUGCCUAAGGGCCUGUCAUCAAAGGCGCCUGGCAUUAUUUCAACAAGCGAAUUACCAAAGUCUGUGCCGAAAUUAAAUUUUACUACUUCUGUGUUAACUAAUAAAUCGAAUAUGGAUACGAAAAAAAUCACUAAACACGAAGAAAUUCAGGAUGAAAGUGUAUCGUUCAAAACAGAUGUUUGUGUUCGCGGAAAAAAACGACGGCUGGAUCAUUUGACAUGGGAAGAAAAACUUCAGAGGAAGAAAUUAAAAAAUAGAGUAGCAGCUCAAACAUCUCGGGACCGUAAAAAGGCUAAACUUGAUGAAUUAGAAGAAACUGUUCGAAGGUUAAGGGAACAAAAUGAAUUAUUGACUCAGGAAUGUUCGAUGUUAAGAUCGCAAAAUGAAGUGCUGAUUACAGAAACAAAAAGAUUGAGGAAAGAAAGAGAAAUCAAGAACACGGAAGACUUUGUUUGUUCUAUGUGCCAGAGUCGUGUCAGCUGUGCUGUGUCCUCACUGGGAUCUACAGUAUCCUCCACUCACCCUCUGCAGCAGGGUGGAACAACACAGCUGGCAUCAACUCUGACACUAACUCCAGGAGCAACAAUUCUUCUGAAGAUUCUGACCAUCUACUUCCUCUUGAAGAAUUGUUUAGUGAACUCCAAGGAGAUGAUUAUAUCGAACGACUUGAAAAACUUGCAGAAAGCCUUCUGCGAGAAGUUACAGCAGAAGUGGAAGCAAAUCCUCAUAGAACAAAUGAACAAUCUUCCUUUUGUUAAUAAUAUAAUGAUUGUGUCUUGUGUAGGCAACAGCCAAGGAAAAUACCACUGAGGAAUGUCACUAUUCAGAAAGAGUGGUGGGGCAGACAUCAAAAGAUGUGGAAACCAAUGGAACCUGUAGAAGCAUGAAUAUACAUCAAUCGUGGCAUCCUGUUUCUAGCACAGCCAGUACAUCUUAUACCACAAGUACGAGCGUACCCAUGUCAAUAAAAUCAGAGAUUGAAAUAAAACAAGAAGAUAUGACACAUGAUUUAGACACUAUUUAUGGUACUUACGACGAAGCAACCAAUUCUGUAAUGAUCAUUUAUCCUGGAGAUGAAACCAAUGUAAGCGUUCAAGAAUGCGUUCAAGAAGUAGUUACAGAUAGUAUUUGCACAAACGAAGAUUCAACAUAUUUACCGAAUUAUUAUAUCAAUCACUUAUCUCCAUGUUACACGAACACGGAUUCUAUGUCACCUUCGAGUAUAUAUUCCGAAGAAAUGGAAACUAAUUAUACACAUUCCAAAUUGGAUUCUAA